UCAAACAAAGCUAUUCAUCGUUUACGGAAGUAAUAUGUCGGCGCCAAAAAAGAAAAACAUGAACACGGACAAAAAUUCUAUUUAGUAAAACCAUGAAUAUCAUAUCGAUCUACGAGUCCGAAGUGACCUGCUUAUCAAGCAUUAAAGAUUUGCAAAAGAAAUGCAUGAGCCAAAAUGUUCAGCUGUCAAAUGAAACGAACAAAUAUCUGCUUUACUCCACUUUAAAAAAGAUUGGCCCAGCAAUCGCACAAAAAGCAGUUAGUAAAUUGGUAGCCAGCGGUGCGAUCAAAUGGAACGAAGAAGAUGAUUUUGAGGUCGAAAACAUCUUGGAUUAUUACAGCGAGGAUGGUACAUACUUCUACCUGAUCAAGUGGAAGGGCUGGAGCCAUGCCCACAACACUUGGGAGCCCGAAAAGAACCUUAACUGUCCGGACCUCAUCGAAUCUUUUAAACUGAAGAACAAACUUGUUAAUGCUAGCGAACAAAAAAAAGAUAACAAGCGGAAAUUGGAAGAGGCCUCCGAGGAGGAUGAAAGAAUUACUAAGAGGAGCCGCAUUGAUGAACUGUUUAGGAAGCUUGUAGCUUGUAAUGGUGCCGUUACCCCUCUUAGUCUCAUAUCGCAGACUAGUCCAGAUAAACUCACCAAGUCAUACAAAGGAGUGAUCAAUUGCCAAGGAUUGAAGGCUCCAAAGUUUAACACCACCAGCAAAGCUUUGUUGAAUCCGAGGUCAAAAGCGUACAAGCAGAAGAAAAUUGUGAUAACUAAUGCGCUGAAAGAGUGGGAAAAGCAUUUAAAUGCUGUGAACUCUGACCCAGCCCCUAUUUUCGUGGAAAACACAGUAGAUCUCGAGGGGCCUCCAGAGAAUUUCGAGUACAUCAACGAUUAUAAAUCUGGUCCAGGAAUAGUGAUACCAGAUGAUCCAGUCAUCGGGUGCGAGUGCACAGAUUGUUUCUCUGAGAAGAAAGAGUGCUGUGCAGCACAGUUUGGGGUGGAGUUUGCCUACUUCAAGCACAAACGUCUACGUAUACAUGUUGGUCGUCCGAUUUAUGAGUGCAACAAGAAAUGCAAAUGCGGGCCAGACUGUCCGAAUCGCGUUGUGCAGCAGGGGAGGAAACAUAAGGUGUGCGUGUUUCGGACACUAAACGGAAGAGGAUGGGGAGUGAAAGCCAUGCAAAAAAUUAAGUCUGGGACUUUUGUAAUGGAAUACGUAGGAGAGGUUAUCAGUAAUGAGGAGGCUGAGAUUCGCGGGAAGACUUAUGAUUCUGUGGGCCGGACAUACCUGUUUGAUCUGGAUUUUAAUGGUGAUGACUGUCCAUUCACCGUGGAUGCAGCGGUGUAUGGAAAUGUCUCUCACUUUGUGAAUCACUCAUGUGACCCAAACCUGGAGGUGUACAGUGUAUGGAUCAACACUUUGGACCCUCGACUGCCGCGUAUCGCCCUGUUCUCACGGCGUGACAUUGAGAAAGGGGAGGAGCUUACUUUUGACUACAUGUCCAGCAAGGUGCACUCUCCACUGGAAGAAAGUGGCAUUGAAGGAACAUUGAUGGAAAACAGCAAAGAGGUAUCUUCACUUCCUGGGCCAAAUUCUGACGCUUCUGAAGCUAGGUCCUCGGAUGUGGAUGACAUUAGCUCUGCUAUUUCAAUAUCUGACAAUGACAGCUCAGUCCUCACUACGACCACUGAGGCAUCCACGUUGAAGGGUGACCUAUCACAGGGAACACUCACCGAUGUCUCAGAACUCGACCCAGACUCGGAACCCAUUCCGGACCGUGCUUCAGAAAUGGGCGAUGCUUCAACCUCGGCCCCAUCUGCUACAAAGGAAUACAGAAUGGUCUGUCAAUGUGGUGCAAAGAAUUGUAGGAAAUUUGUUUUUUAACAGUUAUAGAGUUUACUUUAUAUUAUUAUAAUAUUUCAACUUACUUGAUAGGAAAUGUAGAUUGACUUUAAUAUCCAAUUGUAAGUUUUAUUGUAUUGUUUUUACCAAACUCUUGGAUAAAAUGUAGAUAUAAAUGUUAUUAUGGUUCAUUGUAUUUGUAAUUGAGUCUGUUUUUGGGAUGGAGUUUGUUUACUUCAAAUGAUCUUGAGGGCUAUGGAUUAUAUAUAAAGGUAUUUUUAACUGUUACACGUUAGAAGAGGAUCAUGUGUUAACAGAUAUGGGAUAUUUUCUAAAUGAUCAUGAAAUUUUACAAUGCAUUUAGAUACAAAUUGUUUUUAUAACACUCCUUAAUUACAAUGACUUCUUCAGCAUAUUUUGACAUAUACACAAUGUAUCUAUGUCUGUGCGGCAUUGCUUUAUUAAAGUUUGUACCUUUUGAACAAAUCUUGAACUGUGUGCAAAAGAAGUACACUUUAUGUUUUUUUUGUAGCUCACAUAAGCAAAAUGCACUCCUGGCAAGCUUUGGGAUACCGGUAUAAACAUUGUUAAAAUAGUUCUGGUCCAUUUAAUAAUAACGUCAUGGGGCCCAAAAAGAUGCUUUAAAAAUGAAAAUUAAAAAAAACAAACAAUGAAACACCAAAUGUUAAAUAUUUGGUAUGUAGAAAUGUAGUGUGAUACAAAUUGUGUUCAAAUUAUACUUAUGUGUUUAUUCAGUCUCAAGUCACCAGAUUUGCAAUGACUUAUACUGGGAGUAUCUUUUUAAAUAUGCAGUGUUUGCAACAUUAUACUGGGAAUAUCUGUUUAAAUAUGCAGUGUUUGCAGCCUCAAAGCUGAGGCCUUUCAUAUCUGGUCUCAUCAUCUUUAGGUCCUCUACAAAAUUUGUUCAAAUUAUGCCCCACAGGUCAAAACUGGCCCACCUCUGGUUUCAUUAGUUUUACAUAAACUUAUUUACUGGAAAUCUUUUUUUUUUAAUUCUGAAACACCCAAGACUUUCAUAUUUUUUAUGUAGCCUCAUCAAGAGAUGCUCUAUAAAGGCAGGGUUUUUUUUUCCCGAUUUUAUAGUCGAAAUUCGGCUAUGUUCCCAAUCCCAAAAAGUACGUUUUUUUCCCAAAAUGUGGCAAAAAAUUCCCAAUUUCCAAAAAAAAAAACAAUUUUUUUUUUUUUUUUUUUAGAAAGAAGUGUCUAAUGCGUAUUUUAUUUCAAUUUUUAUUCAAUUACAUCUAACAAAGUAUUAUAAAAUUUUGUUCUUUUAAUUUGAAUGAUUAUAAAGAGUUAUAUCAAUUUUAGUAUUUCCCUAAUCAGCGGACUUUUCGUGUGGAAAAAAAGGCUAAUUAAUUUAUUUUCCCAAUUUCAUGAAAAUGCCAAUAAAAUUCCCAAUUCCAAAGCCAUGGGCUAUCUUAUCAAAAGGUGGAGAAAAAAACCUUGAAAGGAUUAUUUAAAAAAUGCCCCUUGGAUCAAAUAUAGUCCCAACUAGGGUGUCACCAGUUUUACAUAGACUUGUAUAUUAUUGACUUCAGAUUUCAACUGUUUAUGCAAACCUAUAACCCAACAGAUAGUAGGUGGGUAUCCCAUAUGAAUAUUCAUAUACAUAUUUUGGCAACCAUUGACAUCCUUUUAUUUUUUUUCAAAUUGUAAUACUUAAGUAUUGUAAAUAUUCAUGAAUACCACAAAGUAACAAAAUCUGUGUGAUGCUAUGAAAACCAAGUUUUAAAGGUUUCCUGAAAUGUACAUGUGUUAAGUACUUUUUAUAAUAUUGCUUUUUAUACCCCCAUUACCAUUGGUAAUGGGGGUUAUAUAGGAGUCACUUUGUUGGUCAGUUUGUCGGUCGGUCUGUCCCGAAAUUAAAUCCGAUCUUCACCAAACUUGGUCACAAUUUGUAUCUUGAUGAUGUAUAGGUCAAGUUUGAAUAUGGGUUAUGCCAGGUCAAAAACUAGGUCACGGGGUCACUUAGUGUGUUUUAAACCGAAAGCUUUUUCGGAUCAUAACUAAGUCAUUUAUCGUUAGAUUUUAAAAUAACUUUGUACAUUUGUUCACCAUCAUGGGACGGUGUGUCGCAUGAAAAAAGUAUGUCGAUAUCUCCAAGGUCAAGGUCACACUUGGAGUUCAAGGGUCAAAUGCUUGUCUAGGCCAUAACUUUAUCAUUUAUUGUGAGAUUUAAAAAUCAUUUGGCAAAUGUGUUCAUAAUCAUGGGGCAGUGUUGCGCGAAAGAAUUACGUCGAUAUCUCGAAGGUCAAGGUCACACUUUGAUUUAAAGAUUAAAAAUGGCCAUAAAUGAGCUAAUCUGGGCAAUAAAUAUGUAGUUCAUUGUGAGAUUUUAAAAUCAUUUGUACAUUAGUUCACCGUCAUUAGACAGUGUGUCGCGCGAAAGAAUUACGUCGAUAUCUCCAAGGUCAUGGUCACACUUUGAGUUCAAAGGUAAAAAAUGGCCAUAAAUGGGCUUGUCCCGGCCAUAACUAUGUCAUUCAUUGUGAGAUUUUAAAAUCAUUUGGCAUAUUUGUUCACUAUCAUUGGACAGUGUGUCGCGCGAAAGAAUUACGUCAAUAACUCCAAGGUCAAGGUCAAACUGUGAGUUCAAAGGUCAAAAAUGGCCAUAAAUGAGCUUGUCCGGGCCAUAACUAUGUUGUUCAUUGUGAGAUUUUAAAAUCAUUUGGCACAUUUGUUCAGCAUUAUUGGACGGUGUGUCGCGCGAAAGAAUAACGUCAAUAUCUGCGUCAAGGUCACACUUUGAGAUCAAAGGUCAAAAAUGGCGAUAAAUGAUCUUGUCCGGGCCAUAACUGUCAUUCAUUGUGAGAUUUUAAAAAUACCUGGUACAUUUGUUUACAAUCAUUGGACGAUGUGUCAUGCGAAAGAAUUAUGUCCAUAACUCCAAGGUCUAGGUCACACUUGGAGUUCAAAAGUAAAAAAAUGGCCAUAAAUUUUGACGGCAUGUCAUGGGAAAGAAUUCAAGAGUUCAAAGGUUGAAAAGGCCAUAAAUGAUAAUGGCAUUAUAAUUCUUAAAAAUCGUUAUAAAUUUGAUUCUCUUGUUUUGUGAAGACAGCAUGCAAAAUAGUCUGUGUCAAUGCAGCACGUUGGGGUAUACGUCACGUCUGUGACAAAGCUCUAGUAAUAAAAUGAAAUGUAAAUAUGAUUUCUUGCAAGAAACUUGGUUUACGCCAGUAUAUCUUUGGAACAAUUGUUUAACUCUGUUAUCAAUUUGAUUGUCCUUCAAUGCGCGUGUUUUUUUGUGUAUUUGCGUGUUUUAUGUAUGAAUAAAUGUAUAUUACAUAUGUAAAUGUUUAGUGCUUUAUACUUGUCAGACAAGUCACAUUAACAAUGGAUAAUUAUUUUUAAUAAUAAUAAUUAAGGAGCAAUAGUUUCUCCCCACAAUUAGGAUUUCUUGUUUCUAAUUUGUCUAUAUGAGUAAAUAAAGAGUUACUUUCAUAUCUUUUUACAACAGAUUUGAUACAAUUUUUUAUCUCACAAGGUAUCUAUUUGUUAAACAUUUAAUGCUUAUUUAUGCUCCACAUGAUAAUUGUAGAAGGGCAUACAGUGUUACGACUCUCGGUAUGUGGAUGUAUAUUUAUGUGUGUGUGUGGGGGGAUGGAAAUGGGGAUGGCAUUAGUUUUUGAUAGGAACAAUCGUUUUUACAUCCAUAUAGGAUUUCGACCUUAAUCGGCAUAAAAAGUUCUCACAUGAAGACAAUGUUGAUGUGCAGCAUGCACCACCCAUGUGGCUAGCUAUGAGACCAAGGUCAUAUUCCUUCUAUGACUAUGGUGAAAUAACACAUUUCUUGAUUUGUGUGUCGUUAAUAAUAUUUUGCAUGAUGGGAUUCUGGAAGAAUUGGAAGCAAAUCAUCAUAUAUAUUUAUUGUUCAUGAUCUAUUCUGCUUGCUAUUUAGGUAAGUGUCACAAUAAGGCAAUGUGCUUUAUUAGAAACACGAAGCUCAUUGUUCCAAUCGGUAUGAAUAUCUGUCACACUACACUUAUGUUGUGUCCAGUGACAUUUAGUGGUUGCAUCCACGUCUUUUGACAAAUUUCUAGUUCAAGACUGUUACACAAAGUGUUCUUUUUUAAUUAUCCAAUAUAUAAGGGAUAUUAAAAAAUAACUAUACUGAUUUUAUGCUUAUAAUGAUUCUCCAAUUACUAAGUAUUAAGGAAUUUUGAUUUAAUAUUUUUCUCUUAAUGUAUUUAUAUCAGGAUUUGGAACAAUGUUCUAGGAAUGGUUUAAUAAAAUGCAACAGUUCCCCUGUUUCAACAAUAGUAAGCAAUUAAUUCUAUAUUCGAUAGCAUUUGUAUAUCAUUUAUUAUUCAUUAAAAAAAACAAUGUUUAAUUUUUAUACGCCCGUAUAAAAUACGGGACGUAUUAUGUGAAACCCCUUGGCGGGCGGCGGGCGGCGGGCGGAAGGCAUCACUUUGUCCGGACUCUAAUUCAAAUUGUAUUCAUCCGAUCUUCACCAAACUUGGUCAGCAGUUGCAUCUAGUUGAUAUCUAGGCCAAGUUCGAAUAUGGGUCAUGCCGGGUCAAAAACUAGGUCAUAGGGUCAAUAAGUGCAUUUUCAAAGGGGCCACUUUGUCCGGACUCUAUUUCAAAUUGUAUUCAUCCGAUCUUCACCAAACUUGGUCAGCAGUUGCAUCUAGUUGAUAUCUAGGCCAAGUUCGAAUAUGGGUCAUGCCGGGUCAAAAACUAGGUCAUAGGGUCAAUAAGUGCAUUUUCAAAGGGGCCACUUUGUCCGGACUCUAUUUCAAAUUGUAUUCAUCCGAUCUUCACCAAACUUGGUCAGCAGUUGCAUCUAGUUGAUAUAUAGGCCAAGUUCGAAUAUGGGUCAUGCCGGGUCAAAAACUAGGUCAUAGGGUCAAUUAGUGCAUUUUCAACGGCGCCACUUUGUCCGGACUCUAAUUCAAAUUGUAUUCAUCCGAUCUUCACCAAAUUUGGUCAGAAGUUGUGUCUAGAUGAUAUGUAGGUCAAGUUCAAAUAUGGGUCAUGCCGGGUCAAAAACUAGGUCACGAGGUUACUUAGUGCAUUUCAAGCAUUUAGCAUGGUGUCCGCUCUCUAAUUGAAGUAGUUUUCAUCUGAUCUUCACCUAAUUUGGUCAGAAGUUGUGUCUAGAUGAUAUGUAGGUCAAGUUCGAACAUGGGUCAUGCCGGGUCAAAAACGAGGUCACAUAGUGCAUUUCAAGCAUUAAGCAUGUUGUCCGCUCUUUAAUUGAAGUAGUUUUCAUCUGAUCUUCACCAAAUUUAGUCAGAUGUUACAUCUAAGUGAUAUCUAGGUCAAGUUCAAAUAUGGGUCAUGCCGGGUCAAUAACUAGGUCUUGAGGACACUUUCAAGCAUUGAGCAUGGUGUCCAAAACCUUCGACCGGGCGUAU